AUGGCUGAAAAAAUCAAUUUGGAAUUGAGUUUACAAACAACUCCCUCAAGGAUGAUAAAGAAGAAAUUGGUAAGUUCUGACAUUGAUCUGAAUAAUAAACUUCGUCUACCUAGAAGAGAGUUUGAAAAAUUUAUAAUUCCACAAAUGGAAUGGGGUUUAGUCGAAAAUUUGGAAAAAAGUGUCGAAGUGAUAGUGAGAGAUGUGAACGGUACUGAUUAUCAUGUAACACUAAUGAAAUACCAGAGUGGUGAUUAUUUUUUCGUGGACACAUGGAAUGAUAUCGUGAAGGCAAAAGGUUUCAAAUUAGGUGAUCAAAUUACACUCACGUGGGAUAAGGAUGCUGAAAUUUUCUAUAUUAUGUAA